AAAGUUUAUUUUUUAUUAAUCUUUUCCGGCUAAAGAUAUCAUAGGGUAAUCAGAGUAUGAAAUAAUUACUUAAAGUUUUAAGAAAUUAAUUCUUACUUCAUUGCUGUAUCCUUCUUGAUAAUUAAACAGAUUUGACUGAUUUUAAAGUAGUGUUAUAAUUUAAAACUAUAUUUUUUCCAUUUUCCAAACACUUUGGAAUUUAAUUGGUUGAGCCAACUAUUCCACUUAAUUCCUCCGACCUCCAGACUUUGCAUACUUUAUAAUACUAUCUUAUCUGAGAUAAAAGUGUUGAUUAUCUGUACUUCUCUGGCAAUUAAUAAACAUAGAAGUUAGACAUUCACUAAUGCUACAGUUAAGAUUACGUUGCUCCAUGUUUCUCUUUAUAACAGUCAAAUUUUGUAUAAGUUUGUUUCUGUUAUUUAUUGAUACUGUGAUAUGCAUUGUAUGAUAAUGAGAAAACAGACCAUGUGUCAUUAAAGUUGUGUGUUUGUAAGUAAUGAUUUCUGUUUUUCAAUCAUAUAGUGGUUUAAUAGUUCGUUUUUCUUAUUUUUGGAAAUAAUUGUGGUAUCAACAACUUUAUCCAGUAUUAUUUUGUCUACCUAAAUUUGAAGAGAAUUUUUUUAUCUUAUAGAUUUUAUUUAUACUGUCUUAUCAUUCAAUAUGUGAAACUUUUCAUCAAAUCCUUUAUUGGUAAUAUGAAUUUUGCUGAUUUUUGAAAUCAUUGGAAAUAUUAAUCAUGGCUUCUUUUGAUGAAGGUGUAUUUGAAGAAAAAUUAUUAUAUUUAAAAGACACACAAGAUAGCAUAGCUAGUCUAUCAUCUUGGUGCCUAUUGCACAAAGAAUAUCAUGAAAAGAUUGUAUCAACAUGGCUUAAUGUACUAAAAAAAGUUAAAAUAGAGCAUCGCCUAGUGUUAUUUUACUUGGCAAAUGAUGUUAUUCAAUACAGCAGAAGGAAAUCUCUACCAUUUGUUGAUUCCUUUGCACCUGCUCUUCAGAAAGCUACAAAGAUGGUUCGAGAGGACAACAAUAUUCGUAACAAAGUAAUGAGGUUAUUUAAAAUAUGGAGUGAAAGGGGAAUUUAUGAAGAAAACUUUUUAGUUGAUUUGAGUAAUGUGUUGAAUCGCAUUCAUAAAAACAUCCAAAGUGUUGAUGUUCAAGAAUUUCAGUCAUCUAUAAUGUUUUCCAAAAUUCGAAAAUGCAAAGAAUUAGAAGAGGAUACAGAUACGAAACUAAAUACAUUAAACAGAAAUCACAUUUCUUUUACUGAUGUUGACAAAUUUAGAAACUCUCUAAAAGAUAGAGAACAUGGUGAUGAACUUUUAUACGAAAUAGAUGGGGGUGCAGCAUCUUGCAAUGCAUAUAUCAGCUCACUUGAAACUGAAAUCAAUGAACGCCAAAGUCUUAUUGAUUAUCUAGAAAUAGCUGAAGAGUAUUAUGAAAGAGAAUUUCAGGAAGCUAAAAUCGUUGUGAAUGCUUAUAAGUGCUUUGCUACAAGGGUUAGAGGAGUAAAACGUAAAUUAGAAGAGAAAAUUGAUUCGAUGCCCAGCCCUAUCCCCUCUCCGGAUGAAAAUGCUCCCUCUCCAUCACCUGAACCAAAGGAUAAUAUAUAUAAUGACUUGCGGUACCCUGCUGAAUCUGGGCCUGAUAACUUCUUUCCUCCUAGUGAAUCAAAAAAGGAAAAUGUCGACAUCUCACCUUACAGUCCAAAUUCUGAUUUUGAGUCUGAACCAAUUGAUUCCUCUUAUAUAGAUGAAGAGCAGGGGGACUAUGAGAUGAAAACUCCUAUUGAAAAAAAUGGCAUCAGCAGUAAUUCCUCUGAUUCUAAAACUGCCCCCUCAAAUGAACUUUCACUUUCUGCAAGUUUUUCAGAUGAAUCAUUUCAUCGUGAUCAAAGUUUUUUAAGUGGAAUUACUGGUGCAAAUAAUUUUAAUAUAUUUCAGGGUAAGAGUAGUGACACUACGUCUUCAGAAUGGAAGCAGUUAUCCUUAUCUGCAUUAUUGCAAACAUUAAUACCUUCAGAAGUACCUGUUGAAUCAUCUGGCUCUAAAAUAGAAGUUUUACAAAGUCCUACGCCUGAGAAAUGUGCCAAAGAGGAAGAAACAUGGGAGUCUCCUGAAUCUCCUCCACUUUAUGAAAAAGCCAAUUAUCCAACUAUAGCUGAUGAGCAGAUUUUGAGCCACGAUACCGAUAUGAGAUUUGCUGAUGUAGAUGACAGAAAUCUCAUAGAUUUUAGUGAUUCUACAAAUCCAAGUUGGCCUGGAGAUGACAUAGAUUACAGGACUGAAGGAAAAUUUAAGAAAACUGUCUCAGAUUGUUCUCAAAAUCAAGAUAAUGUUGAAAAUGUAGAUAUGGAAAUGAGUGAUGAAGAAGAAAAAAUAAUGAAAACCAAAGAAACUGAUUCAAAACCUCCAGGACCCUCUGGUGUUAUGUCGGGUGAUAUCUCAGUUGUAUCUCAUGAAACUGCUAAACCUACUGGCUCAAAGGAAGGAUUUUUGAAUUCUAAAGAAAAUGUUGCUAAUUCUUUGAUCCUUAAUCAGAAUCUACCCUCAUUGUGUAACCCUAAUCCUCCUGCUUACAACAGUAAUGUACCUUAUAAUGAUAGUUGUUAUAACUACUCCAAACCUGGUGCUUAUGGUAUCGGGACAACUUACAGUAAUAACAAUCCCUCUCAUUUUCCAAAUUCUGGUAAGGGAGACGCUUCUAAUAUGCUACCACUCCUUCCACCACCUCCUCCCCCUCCUCCUCCACCCCAUCCUCCUCAGCUGUGGUCAUCACCAUUUACCGGGCCCCCUCCUCAGUUUGGAAACUCACCAAACUUUGUCCAACAAAGUGCAAUGUUUUUUCCUCAGCCUCCUCCACCUGUUAUACCGAAUCCGAAUCCACAAAUGCCAGUUCCAAACAGACCAUAUAGAGGUAAUUUUAGACCAUUUCAACGAAUUUCAUCUCGUUUCCAAAGGUGGUGAAUGUGAAUGAAGAUUUGUUAUAGUUUUAAAAUUAUUUCCAUGUAUAUAAACAUUAUAUAUAUAUAUAUAUAUAUGUGUGUGUAUAUAUAUAUAUCAAUAUGACGGAUUCUUUUAAAAAGAAAUCCAAAAAGCUACUAGUCUAUUUUCAAGACUUGAAAAUUUGUUACUUUCAUUUAUUAAAUACAUUAUACACUAUUAUUUAUUCAGUUAUUGGUUAUCCACAGAACUUGAUGAUGAGGUUGAGUUUUUACUAACUAAUUUUGUAAUUGAAUUUUAAGAUUGUGAUAUAAGUAUAAACAUAACUCUGAAUAUCAUAAAGAAUUACAGAAUUUUACGAAAAAUA